AUGGUCUGCAAGAAAUGCGAGAGUAAAUUGUCAAAGCUCGCGGCGCCGGACCCCAUCAAGGAGGGCUCGCGCAAGGUCGGGGAGAACAAACUCCUUACGAGGCCGGGCAGUUCUAAAACCAGGUUUCAGGUGCGGAAAUGUAGAGAUUGCAAGUCGACCGUCACGCAGAACAAAGCCAAGUACUGCCAUGGAUGUGCAUAUAAGCGGGGCGUGUGCGCGAUAUGUGGCAUGAAGGUAUUGGACACGACGGGUUACGUGAUGUCGUCGAAAUGA